AUGCAGGGAUGCGUCAGAGCCAACCACAGAACUCGAAGCAUUUUGUACUCAUAUCAUCUAUUAUUCCGUUCCAUACCCAGCUCUCCCUCCGAAAUGAAGGUCUUGUACUUCGCUGCGGUCCGCGACAUUACUCAAGUUGAAUGCGAUGUCAUUGACGUGUCUACUUUCACGCAUGCUGGCGCUCCAAGGACAUUGACCAUGUUGACUGACCACCUUGUCUCCAAAUACGGUGAUAAGUUGCGGAGCAUAGUGGAUCAUGCCAUGUAUGCUGUUAAUAUGGAGUAUGUGGAUAAGGAUGAUGAAGCUACCACUCAGCUAUCACCAAACGAUGAAGUUGCUAUUAUACCACCUGUCAGUGGAGGUUAA